GGGGUAGUUCUAGCAGGCAGGUCAUAAUUCAACCCAACUGUGCCAGGCAAGGUGUGUUUUUUCAGCCGAAAUGGAAGUGUACGCUGGAGCGAACCUGAGUGAAUUCUUACAGUCCAGCCAAAUGGUUCCAGAAUGGACUGAACAAGAAGUCGAUACAGGAACCACCAUCAUGGCUGUUGAGUUUGAUGGUGGGGUUGUUAUAGGUGCAGAUUCACGCACAACAACUGGUGCCUACAUCGCCAACCGGGUGACGGAUAAGUUGACCUUCAUCCACGAUCGCAUCUUCUGCUGUCGCUCGGGCUCCGCCGCAGACACACAGGCCAUCGCAGACGCCGUCACCUACCAGCUGGGAUUCCACAGCAUUGUGAUGGACGAGCCUCCGCUGGUGCACACGGCUGCCAACCUGUUCAGACAGAUGUGCUACCGCUACCGGGAGACGCUGAUGGCCGGGAUCAUCGUAGCCGGGUGGGACAAGAGACACGGCGGCCAGGUGUACACGGUGCCUGUGGGAGGCAUGCUGGUCAGGCAGCCUGUAGCCAUAGGAGGCUCCGGGAGCUCCUACAUCUAUGGCUUUGUAGACUCCAACUACAAACCCAAGAUGACCAAGGAGGAGUGUCUGCGCUUUACUGGAAAAGCGUUGGCGUUGGCCAUGGAGCGCGAUGGCUCAUCAGGGGGUGUGGCCAGACUGGCAGCCAUUACUAAGGCGGGGCUUGAGCGCACUGUUAUUCUGGGUAACCAGCUGCCCAAAUUCUCCCCUUCAUAAGGGGCUUAUUUUAGGUCCUACCCGCACAAUCACUGCUCACCUGACUAUGCCUCAGCGCUUGGACCAAGUCACUGUUCUUGUCGGUUGAUAAAAAGAGUUCCAGGUCAUAUUUUAAGAAGUAAUAUUUUAAGCCUUCAUGUCACAUUUUGUAUUGGUGUAAAUAAAUAAUGGGCAUAAUGGUGCUGUAUAACAUGCUUUAUUAUUAUUUAUGCAUGUUGAGAUCAGAAAAGCUCUGCAGACAGAAGUCAAUAAAUAAAAAUGUUGAUAUCUUU